AUGCGCUUGUCAGGUCCUAUUAUACGUUUAAUCAGAGAAGUAAAAGCUGAGAAUGGAAUCCAGCUAAACGGCGUAUCACUUCCCAAGGGCAUAAAGAUUGCCGCCGAUAUGCAUCAUAUGCAUCGUGAUGAAGAAACAUAUCGGGAUGCGAACACUUUCAACCCAUUUCGUUCGAAUCCUUCUACAGGACAGCCAAUGCCCCCUACUAUUGAAACGAGCGAAAACUUCCUGCCGUUCGGACAUGGCCAACAUGGUUGCCCUGGUCGCUAUUUCGCAAGCCACGAAAUCAAGUUGAUCAUCGCAACUAUGGUCAUGAAAUAUGAUAUUAAAUUUUUGGAUAAACGUCCGCCAAAUGUGUGGACGGGCGAUUCGAUGAUACCCCCUUAUACCAUACUCAGCGUGAAGCGACAGAGUUAG